AUGUUCUUGGGUUGUGUUGUCACUCUCAAGGUAUUCGAGGACAACAUCCUGGUUGGGGAGCUGCUUGAAGCUAGAGGCGAAGGGAGAGUGUUGAUCAUCGAUGGCGGAGGAAGCUUGAGAUGCGCUCUGGUGGGUGGGAACAUGAUACAAAGUCAUCCUGCACAAGCUGCUCUCGACUUUGAUGUUGGUGAUGCUUGAAGGCAGCCACUUGUUGACACUAUGUGGCAGCAGUUUCAAUAUAUAUACUUUUGCUUGAGAACUUGUUAUGACAAUGAAGCAAGAGACGUUGCCUUGUCAUCCCGUAGUGCACCUCAGUUUGCACCUCUUCUCACAGAAUGGAUAAAUACUGGAGGUGUGGUUUCUGCUAACACAGCGGCUACUGCUUCAGAAGAAUGUGAAAAGUUGUUAAGAAUGGGUGAUCGGGUGGGUUUAGCUACAUAUGAUAAGAAAAGGUUGUUACUAUAUGCGAUGAUAUCUGAUUCUCGAAGGGGCGUCGAAAGGCUACUAAGAGAUCUAUCAGCUCUUCUCACCACCAAAGAAGAUUUCUUGUGGUUUAAACUGUUAGCCAUCAGGGAGUUCCCUCUUGGAGGUUCAUUUGGUAUCUUUAGUGAGAAUUCAGUCCCCUAUAGUUUAGAGGAUUUGCAGGCUUGCCUAAAUAAGUUUGCAGCAUCAUACUAUACCAAAAAUGGGAAGGACCCUCUUGUAUACCCAUAUAUUCUGCUCCUAAGCAUCCAGUUCCUACACGCUAUCCUCUAUUUGUCUAAAGAAGCAAGAGAUGAAGGGUACAACAUUGAUGCCACUCACAUAGCUAUCGCGCUUGACGACCAUGGCGUCCUUAUGGAAGGUACAGGAGCAGGAUCAAAGUUUGGUGUAAUGGAUGCUUAUGCAGAAGCAUCUAGCAUGAUUUGACAGCAUGGGUAUUCAUAUUUAUGUCUUGGAGAUCUUUCAGUGGCAUUGGAAUAUUUUGCACAAGCUGCUGCUGCUAUAGUCGGUGGUGGACGACUAUCUUGAACUAGAAGGGAAAAUGCAGAUCACAGACAGAGAAGUUUGAUGCUGAAACAACUCCUCACGGAGCUGUUGUUGCGAGAUGGUGGGAUUUUUUUGCUUGGUUCAAGAGGUUCUGGGGAAGAACGUGAAUUGACAAGACUUAUACUGGACGUGAAAACAAGACAACAAUUUAUGCUUGAAGCUGCUCAGCAGUGCUUGGAAGCUGGGAUAUAUGAUAAAGUAUGGCCUUUCUCCCCGUUUUCCUCCCUGUGUAAAAAUUAA